AUGAGGCAUCCAGAUGAAGUAUACCUAUUGAUGAAGCUCAUGCUAGCUGCAAAACUCAUCGAGAAGGGGACACCAUUGCAGCCACACUGGGCCUUCUGCAAUACUACUCUCCGCAAGGUCUCUCGCAGCUUUGCUCUCCUCAUUCAACAGCUGCCUACCGACCUUCGCAACGCAGUUUGUGUUUACUAUUUGGUUCUACGAGCACUUGACACUGUUGAGGAUGAUACCAGCUUAGCUACUGAGGUUAGAGUACCUAUCCUGAGAAAUGUUUACUGCCACUUCUAUGAUCGUGAAUGGCAUUUUUCAUGUGGUACAAAGGCCUUCAAGGUUCUCAUGGACCAAUUCCAUGAUGUUUCCACUGCUUUCCUGGAGCUUGAUAAAAAUUAUCAGGAGGUGAUUAAGGAUAUUACCAAGAGGAUGGGUGAAGGGAUGGCAAAAUUUCUAUGCAAGGAGGUAGAAACACUCGAUGAUUAUAAUGAAUAUUGUCAUUAUGCAGCUGGACUUUGUGGAUUAGGCUUGUCAAAUCUUUUUUAUGCUUCUGGAAGAGAAGAUUUAGCACCAGAAUCCCUCUCCAUUUCUAUGGGUUUAUUUCUUCAGAAAAUAAGCAUUAUUAGAGAUUAUCUAGAGGACAUAAAUGAAGUACCCAAGUGUCGUAUUUUCUGGCCCUGUCAAAUUUGGAGUAAAUAUGUUAACAAACUUGAGGACUUUAAGUAUGAGGAAAACUCAGUCAAGGCAGUACAAUGUCUGAAUGAAAUGGUCACUAAUGCUUUAUUACAUGCAGAGGAUUGUCUGACUUACAUGUCUAAUUUACGAGAUCCUGCUAUCUUUCACUUCUGUGCAAUUCCCCAGAUCAUAAAUAUGGAGAACUUGGCGAUGUACUACAACAACAUUGAAGUUUUCAAAGGCGUUGUAGAAAUGAGACAGAGGAAAUCUUACAUAUUCAGCUGUCAGCCUAAUUGUUAUAUUCAACUUCUGGUUUGAUGUAGAAGAAAAGAGAAGUUUAGUCAAACAAGUGGAACCAAGUUGUAAAUCUUUUAAAGAUGAUUGCUAUAUCCAUUGAUAUAUUCAAUCUCCAGAAUUCUCAAUGUGGGUAAUGGCUAUGCAAUCCUUAUUAGUCUUAUUCCUGGUAGAUGUACUCAGUCGUCUAUAUUAUCCCUUGAACAUCAUAUCCUUGGUUGUUUAAUACUUUCUUGGUUGAUAAAUUUCUAUAAUAUAUCCUUUUGAUUUUCACUAUAAGAACGGGUUAUCAAAUUAUUUAGUAGGGUGCGGUUUGUGU